AUGAAAAUUCAGGCAAGUUCGGCAAAUACAAAUAUGAAAUUAUCCGUUUUGUUUAUCGUGAUGCAGUUGCUGGUGCUGCUGGCUGCACAGGCGAUUGACCUUUCGCCGCAGCAACAGCAUGGUGCGGAUUUGGCAGCCAGCUUGAAGGAGCUGCAAGGGGAGAUGGCGCAUCCAUUGGGCAGCCAGUGCAUCCGCGAUUGCCUCGCCGAGAAGGGCAGCCUAGUGAUGGAUACACUGCGUGAAUGUCAGCAGGUCGAGCAGCAGUUCGACUGUACACUGUACUGCAUGUUUGAUGUAGAGCCGCGCUAUUAAGCCAUUAACCGAUAUAGUGCAAAUACGCACAGGCUUGCUGGCCAUUAAACCAAUUAUGGCCAGCCCGUAGCACUGCAGCAAGGAGUCCAGACAAGACGAACAAACUCUCGAGACGAGGUAAAUAGAUGACAGCAAUGAAUGCGGAUGAGACAAAGCAGGCUGGAAUGCCUCAAGGAGCUGAGGAGGAGCAGGAAGCGGAGAAGGAGCAGAAGAAGGAGAGCGAUGGAGCAGGGCAGUGUGAUCCUGAGAGCAGAAUAGUGGCUCCGCCGCCCAGGCAGCGAACUCUAA